CAGAUCAUCUGCAAUGAACCUGCAUCACUUCAGUAAAACUCUGGGUCUGCUGGUGGUCCUUCACUCUGCAGCUGUGGCCAAGGAUGAUGACGGCUGGUUAAUGAAGGCUCCCGCUGAGGUGAGGGGUAUCGAGGGUUACCCGGUGGUGCUGCCCUGCUCCUUCACCCACCCGCACCACACUCAUCCCUCAUCCAUGCAUGUGUCCUGGACUCUGGGUCACGGACGGGCCGCCACGCUGCUGUUCCGCUGCUCGAGCCUCAACAACAGCCAGCUGUGCCAGUCAAAACCCAACCAGGACCAGCGCUACCGCCUGGAGGGCAACCACCGAAACCACGACAUCUCACUGCGGGUCAACAGCCUGACCCUGAAGGACAGCGGCCGCUAUUACUGCCGUGUGGAGCUGCCGGGGCACCAGCAUACAAGCUUCGAGAACACACUGGGAACCCGUCUACGAGUGGAGGCUGCACCACGAAUCCUGAGUUUGUCAUCCGAGGGGAGCGAAUCAUCUGGCUUUAAAGCCGUGUGUGAGGUUCAGGGUUCCCCCCUUCCUGAUGUUCAAUGGAUUGCACCAAAUGGAGUUCUGGAUGGAGACGCUGCAUUCCCACUUUCUCAAGAGACUGCUGGACAAUACCGUGCUUCAAGCCAACUGCUGGAUGUUCAGCCUGGAGGACAGUACAUCUGUGCGGCUUCAAACUCUCUGGGGAAAGAUCAAGCCACGCUCUACCUUCUGUCCCCGAGCCCUGGGAAGUUAAGCGCAAAGAGCUCUUUAUCUGUCGUGGUGCUGCUUCUGGCUCUGGCACUCGCUACCAAACUGAUUUUGGCUCUGGGUGUGGGAGUUUGGCUGCUCAAGAAGACGUUUAGUGGAGCGGAGCACUGAAAAGACAAAACACUGGUCUUCAAAACUGUUUCUCAAGGUUUGUGUCUUGUUAAUAUGCAUUGCCUAAAAAUAAAACUUUCUCUUUUGAGAUGAGAUAUGAUUCUGACUCUGUCUGACCUGACAGGAUAAUAUAAUCCCUUACUGU